AUGUCAGAAACUAUUGAAGCUCAAGCCGUCGAUGCCGUCGAUGUACCGGCCCAGUUCAGCGGUCUGCAGCCGAAAGCAAAAGUUGUAAGCACACCACCGCCAACGCUCGCUAAACUAAUGGCUAGUUUACAACGUCAUUUAAUGGAUGAUAAUAUUGACAUUUCACCCGAAAUGCAGGAGAGUAUUCGCAGGUUCACUACCAUCAAACCAAAAGUGAAGGCCGAAACUAGCACAAACCAGGGAAAACACGCCGCCGUUGUAUACAAGGAAGUGACUGUUGAAGAAAUGAAUGCUGUCAAGAAGUCUGGGUUGGAUGCCUCUCUGGAGGAUUUAAUUUCCUGUGUACGACAGAAGGCCAAAUUUCUCUACGAUAAUGAGUACAUGAUGACCAUGUUGGAUUUCAUCUUAAAAUUCAACUCGUUCACGCCCAGCGGUGGUUUGAAGGCGGAGGGCGAUAGCGGCAUAACCUGUCGCGACUUCACUUACGAGACGAACUUGAUGAGUCAAGAACUCAAAAUUAAAAUGAGGAAGAGAAAACCACCGUUCUUGUGGAUCAUGAUACAUGUCGUAUGGGAACUGACGCGCUCAACCGAUGAAAUUAUCGAUUUUAUUAAUGGUAAAUCGAUUUGGAACAAGAUUGAAUCGUUGGUGAAUAGCCAACUCAUUCGUAAGCCCGAAGACGCCGUGGAAGUGAACCGUUUUGAUGGUCGGUUUAGUCGACGAAAUUUGAAAAUUGUUCUGGCCAAGAACAAAAUUGAGCAAGUUAUUCGUCUUUCUGAUUUGGAAAGGUCCCUUCCCAAAAUUACGAAACGUACACGUGAGGAGGGUGACGAGGGUAUAGCUCUAUUUGCGUCCGUAAAACGUUCGAGGGGUGACAAACAAGAAGAGGAGGAUAUUAAAUUGAUGGACAUUACCAGUACCGGAUAUAAACCCUAUCUGGGUAAUAAAGAUCCAACAAAGGAUACUAUCGAUAGCUCUAACGGUAGUAGUAUUAUAUUGUGCAGUCCUCGUAAUAGAUUUUACGUGGAAAAAACCAGAUCGCAAAAGUUAGAUGAAACCAAGCAAUUGAUGAAGGAUUUAUUUGAUGAACAUGAAACGGAAAAUGUCGACGAAGAUAGCGACCAGCGGAAUAGUCAAAAACGGUACGAAGACGAAGACAAAGAUUCCGACGAAGAUGAGGACGACGAACCAAAUGGCGAUGAUGAUUAUUGA